UUAAAUUUUUGGGUUGCAGCUAUGUCAAGACCUACCUUUUGCCAGAUAAACCAAGAGUUGGAAAGAGAAAAACAAAGAUUAGGAAGAAUACCCUGAAUCCAAUAUUUGAUGAAACGGUGCAUUACAACAUCACUAAGAAUGAGCUGGAAAGAAGAUUUCUGUGGUUGUCAGUCUUGGGCAAGGUCACAUUUGGCCACAAUGAGUCCCUGGGUGAACUUCUUUUGCCUCUUAAUAAGCAGAACUUUGGUGACACCUCGCCACAAUGGUUCCAGCUAUCAGGAGGCCGUGUGGCUGCUGGGGAUCAAGGCAUUACUGACCCGCAGACCACCAGAAGAACAGAGAACCAAGUUCUUGACCAAGCCCAUAUGAGCAAUCAGUUACAAAAUGUGUCUACUUCAUUGAAGACACCAUUACAACCUAACGUUGGCAACCAGCAGGAUGACUUCCAAUCCCAGACAACCAGGAAGAUGGUUGCACAGGGACAAUACCAACAGAUUCAACCAUCAUUACAACCUAAUUUUGGCAACCACUGGUUGCAACAAAGCAAUUUUCAAUCUCAGACACUACCUGGUGAGUCAGCGGGACAAAAUAAACGCUAUCACCAAGAAGGACAAUCCCAACAUAGCAGACUACCUCAGGUGCCAGUCACUGACAACCGCCUGGAGGAACAUGGUGAUGACCACUUUCAAACAAUGAGGAAAUCAGGUUAUGAAUUUGCAUCUUUACCCCCACAACAGGACCCGGUGGCUGCUGAGGAUCGAGACCAGGGUUUUACUGGCCCUCCAAUCAUCACAACAACGGCAAACCAAGUACUUACCCGAGUCCCUGGGGAUAAUCAGUUACAACGGCCAUCUAGGACAGUAGCACAAGAGAAUACUGGGGUUCUAAGACAGACCCCAACUAAUACAGGCAAUACAACUAAUAUAUACAAUGUUCAGUAUGUUUACCACAAUUAUGGUACAGAUGAGAAAUCGAUGCCACAAAUGAAAGGGAAAGAUAUUACGACAUCAUUUUAUAAACAUGUCCCUCCACGUGUAAGAAAACGACUAUACGAGGCUUUUUGUCAAGUUGAUGUAUGGAACCAAGUGAAGAAGAUGUAUGGCAUUUCAGAUGAUACCCCAUGUCCUCCUGAUGUUGUGUCUUUAUUGUUGUCUCAAGUCCAUGGUUCUAUUGCAUCUUUCAUCAGUGUGUUGUUAAAUUUAAAGGAACGCCACAGAGAAGGAGAGCAAGACAUUCCACAAGAUUUGAUUGAUGAAGUGAAGGAAGGACUUCUGAGUGAAAUGGAGUACAACAAACUGAGAGAGAAAGUGGUUGACUUUGCUGAGGAACUUUCCAUUUAUAUAGAAAGAAUUUUAGAUCACCUGUAUCAGUUUAAUGUAAUACCAGAUGAGGAGACAACAAAGUUAAAAAACGAUGCAAAGAGAAAUCCACAAGAUGCUUGUAGAGAUUUGUUCAAAGCACUCCUUGCGACCAGUCCUAAAAAAGAGACAAUUAAACAUCUUAAAGCUGCAUUCAGGGAUUCUGGUCUCUGGUAUCUGGCAGAUGAACUAGAAGUCAGCUACCAGGAUGUAGAGGAUGAGUUACAGAAACAUGGAGGUGGCCGGCCUUCUUGUGAAGAGCCGUUGGACAUAGGAAUGGCAGCUCCACCCAAACAUGUUGCAGGUGAAAAUCCUAUUGAAGAAAAUUAGAACUACAUUUGUACAGUAUUUGACAGUAUGUGCCAGGAUAUUUAUGCUGUUCGGGCCUUAGUGGACUAAGAAGCCUAUGGUGUAUUACCAUAGAUAUUGACAUCAGAUAAAUAAAAUGACUCUCUAUUUUUUGUGAUUUUGAACAACCCUGCAUAAAAAACUACAACCAGGCAACCACUUAUACCGUUCAGCAUCAUUUGCGUAAAAAAUAUCUUUUAACAGGAAGAUAACAGAAAUUUUAGAAAAAAAUAGUGGCCCAUAAAACAACCAAUACUGUGAGGGGACUUCAAUGUUGAUUUGUCUAAGAUCUCCUAAAACCUGUUUGUGUUCCUUCUUUAUAAUACCACCAACAUUUAAUGGCGUCAAAGCACACUAUCCUCCUUUUUACCACAUUUAUGUGCAAGCUGUAAAACCAGUAGAAACAGGUACACUGUGCACCUAUUACAGUGUCAUGACCCUGUAUAUGUUAUUAUCUAUGUACAAGGUGUAAAACCAGUAGAAACAGGCACACUGUGCACCCAUUACAGUGCCAUGAUCCUGCAUAUGCUAUUAUACCCAUAUAUACAAACUAGCUUAUAAAUUACUCCUUUAGUUCUCUCCCAUAAAAAAAUGGGUAUUUGUAAAAAGCAUUAUAUAUAUGUAAAUAGUGUCAGUAUGUGUUUAAUGUAAAAACUUUAUUCUGAUAAUUUCAACACCAUCUAGUUUUUGUAAAUAUAUUCCCUUAAGAUGGCAUCACCACAAAUACAUGUGGAAGAUGUUUCAAUAUGUAACACAUGCUUAAGAUAUAAUACACUCAGCUUUCUCUCACACAGGGUAUAGUUUGAUUAUUUAACAUGUGUAUGCAUAUAAGUCCAUUAAUUAUUUUGAUAUUAUUCAAGCUGGAAGUUUUUAGAUGUAGCAUUGUAUUUAAUUAUCUACAAGAGCACUGUAUACAUGCAGAUUUUUUUAUUGAGCACUUUAUGCUAAUAUAUUGCCCUCAAAGAUGACAACACCACAUAUAUUUAUGUAUGCAGAAAUGUUUCAAUUUGUUUCAUGCAAGAUAUGAUAUAGUUUGUUCUCAUUCACAGAGUAUAGGUUGAAGAUAUCGUAACUUGAUGUGUACUGUAUAUAUAUAAGUUCAUCAAUUAGUUUUACAUUACCCAUGGUGGAUGUUUGAAUAUUUAACAUUGUGUUGAAUUGUUUUUUAACCACUGUAUAUGUGUAAAAAUUUGAUAUUUAAAUUCAGUAAAUGUAUUCCCUCAACAAUAUGGACACCAUAUAGUUUAUAUUAGUAUAUUCUCUCAAAGAUGGCAACAACAUGGAAAGAUGUUACAAUAUUUAACAUAUUGAAUGUUUUUUUAAUCUAACAUGUAUAUAUGUGUAUGUAUGUAUGUAUGUAAGUUCAUUAAUUAGAUUUAUUUAGAUCAUUCAUGGCUUUUAUCAAAUUAGCAUAAAUAUCUAUAUGGAAAGAUGGUUUAUAUCUAACACGUUUAAAUAUGUAAUCACUUUUCACUGACAGAGAGCUUAAAUUGACAUGUUUUAGUUUAAUAUCUAUUAUCCUACUGUGCAUAUCAGUUCAUCAAUCAGUUUUAAAUGAUUUGCGGCUUUUACAAAAGUACCAAGAUGUGGUCCUUGAAAAUAAACUC